UAAAAAUUGCAAAAUAAUAAAAAAUUAUAUCUUUCAUUUAAAAAAAAAUUUCUGAAUAUUUUUAUUUUUUGUAAUAGAUUUUAAUAAUUAAAAUUUAAAAAUAGUUUUAAAAUUAAUAUAAAUUAUAUAUACAAAAUGCAAAAAUUAUAUAUGCAUGUAAAAUUUCGCAAUUUAACAUAAAUAAUAUUUUAUAUUGAUAUCAUCAGUUUUUUUGAAUAAUAGAAAUAUUAAAACAAAAUUCAAAUUAUUUUUUGAUUAUAAAAUUCAAAUUGUACUAUAAUUUAGAUCAAACUCAAAUGAGAUCAAAUUCAAAUUUAACAUGAAUUUAGAUCUAUCUAUCUUGUAUUUUGUCUAUGACAUUAUAUCUGUUGCAAUAGUAGCAAUCUUAAGAUAUAUAAAGCAAAUAUUUUAUUUGUUAAAUUCCAUAUAUAAUUAAAAAUGUAUAAUCGAUUUUAUUUAAAUUUUGUUACUUUUAUAACUAAAUUUUAUUCUAAUGUUUCUAUUCAACAUAUACAUAAAGUUAAAAUUUCACAAUUUAAAAUUCCUAUGCAAGUACAUGUACGAAAUUAUUGUAAAGAAAAUCCAAGUAAAGUGAUAUGUGAACAUUAUAACAAAUUAAAUGAAGAAGAAUUAAAAACACUUCUAGAAGAUCCAAAAUAUAAAGCUAUUUACGAUAGAUAUAAUUUAGAAUUGGAAUACAUAAAGUAUAAUACAGGAAAAGUACCUAAAACAUUAACAUCAACUAAUUGGUUACAUUUACUAAAAUCAUCAACAAAAGGACAAAGAAGAUCUUAUAUAGAAUUUCUUUGGAAAAUAGAAAUGAAACAAAAAAAUCGACUAGAAAAAAAGUUAUUACAAAAUGAAAAAGAAAAAGAAGUUAAAACGGAUGAUCGAUAUGGAAUAGGCAAUUCAUUAUUUUUUCGCAUACGUGACAAAACAAUGAAUGAGUUUUAUAAUAGCAAGUUGAUAAGUGCUAUGUUACAUGAACCAAUAAUAGUAUAUGAUCUUGGAUAUGAUGAAUAUAUGGAACCAUUUGAACGAGAAAAUUGUGCAAAACAAUUAUUAUUAUCUUUCUCAACAAAUCGAAUACAUGAGGAACCUUUUAAUCUUUAUUUUUGUAAUGUGAACAAUAAUAGUUCUAUUAUGCAAAAAUUGCAUAAAUUAAUACCACAGAUAUAUGAACCACAUUUUCCAUUAAAUAUUACUUCAAAAUCUUAUUUAGAAAUAUUUGAUAAAAAGCAAUUGGUAUAUCUUACUCCUAAUGCUAAAACAGUUUUAAAAAAAUUUGAUCCAAAUCUAAUAUAUAUAAUUGGUGGAAUAGUAGAUAAGAAAAAUAGUAAACCAUAUUCAUUUCAAAAAGCUAAUAAAGAAGGUAUUAAAAUGAUGAAGUUACCCUUAAGUGAGACGUUAGAAUGGGGAACAGGAUCUUCAAAAAAUCUUCCUAUCAAUCAAGUUCUUUCUGUCAUGUUAGAAUUAAAACGGACUAAGGAUUGGAACACAGCAUUAAAUGUUAUACCUAAACGGAAAUUAAAGCAAAACAGAGAUGAGGAACAAAGAAAAAGAGAAACAAUGUUAUUAAAUUAUACAUAGAAAUUCUAGAAUUUAGCAUAAAUAUGUAAAUUAAAAUUAAUAAUAUGUAUUAAAUAUAUUAUUAUAUAUUUUAAUUUUAAUAUAAUUUUAAGUUAAUUUCUAAAUUAAUUAUAAUUAUGAUACAAGAAAUAAUAUUUUAGAAUUUAAAAUUAAAAUUUUGAUUUAUUGUUUUAAAAAAAUUUUUUUUAUUAAUAAAACUUCAAAAAGAUAAAUAAAAAAAAA